AAACUUGGGAGCAACUCCAGAGUCUCCUCCAAGAUGCUGGUGGUCCUGCUCACAGCAGCCUUGCUGGUUCUGAGCUCAGCUCAUGGCUCAGAUGAAGAGGUCAUCUAUGAAGACUCAUCUUCUCAACUCUUAGAUGUAGAGCAGCAGAACCAGAAACAUGGUCAACAUCAUCAGAAACCACCUCCUGCUUCUGAUGAAAACGGUGAUGGUGAUGAUAGCGAUGAUGGUGAUGAUGAUGGCAGUGGGGAUGACGGAAAUAGACCAGAGAGACCACCACCACACGGAGGCAAUCACCAGCGUCCUCCUCCAGGACACCACCAUGGUCCACCCCCAUCAGGAGGCCCUCAGACAUCCUCACAGCCUGGAAACCCACAAGGCCCUCCCCCACAGGGUGGCCCUCAGGGACCUCCUCAGCCUGGAAACCCACAAGGCCCACCCCCACAGGGAGGACCCCAGCAGAGACCCCCUCAGCCUGGAAAACCUCAAGGCCCACCCCCACAGGGUGGUCCUCAGGGACCCCCUCAGCCUGGAAACCCACAAGGCCCACCCCCACAGGGAGGACACCAGCAGAGACCCCCUCAGCCUGGAAAACCACAGGACCCAGCCCAGGACGCAACCCAUGAACAGCCAAGUUACCUAUGGUCAUUUUUUGCAUAACCAUCUGAUUCCUUAGCACUGAGAAGGUGAACAGAAGACAGAUGUCUUUAAUAUUGCUCCUAUAGAAUGAUUCCAAUAAAAUAUUUAGCAUGCAA